GAUAAAAGUUAAAAAGAUUCCGAGUCUCUAGUGUGAGCCCCACAUAACAUCUCCCCAUCACCAUUCUCCCCCCUCUUCUCUCGCUCCUCUAUCUUCCCCUCCUCUAUUUUCUCUCUCCCCCUUCCAUUGUCGCCUAGCUUUUCCAUAGAGAGAGAAAGCUUUAUCUCUCAACUUUUUGCAGAAAAACAGUGUGAAAGGAGAUAGUUAAAGGAAGAAGAAGCUCGUCGAUUUCUCAGAUCUGCAGUUUCAAUGGCUUCCACUAAAGAACGUGAAAGUUUCGUGUACAUCGCCAAACUCGCCGAGCAAGCUGAGCGCUACGAUGAAAUGGUGGAAGCGAUGAAGAACCUUGCGAAGCUUGAUGUGGAGUUGACUGUAGAAGAAAGGAAUUUGCUUUCGGUUGGAUAUAAGAAUGUUGUUGGAGCAAGGAGAGCGUCUUGGAGGAUACUGUCCUCGAUUGAGCAAAAGGAGGAGGGAAAAGGUAACGAGCAAAAUGUGAAGAGAAUCAAGGAGUACAGGCAGAAGGUGGAAUUGGAGCUGACUAACAUUUGUAGUGACAUCAUGACUGUUAUCAAUGAGCACCUCAUUCCUUCGGCAACCGCUGGGGAAUCGACCGUGUUUUACUAUAAGAUGAAAGGAGAUUACUAUAGGUACCUUGCCGAGUUUAAGUUCGGUAAUGAGAGGAAAGAAGCUGCUGAUCAGUCCAUGAAAGCGUAUGAGAGUGCCACCACAACAGCUGAGGCUGAGUUACCUCCUACACACCCCAUACGCUUGGGUUUGGCUCUCAAUUUCUCAGUAUUUUAUUAUGAGAUUUUGAAUUCUCCUGAAAGGGCUUGCCACCUUGCCAAGCAAGCUUUUGAUGAAGCUAUCUCAGAACUUGACUCUCUGAAUGAGGAUUCAUACAAGGAUAGCACCCUAAUCAUGCAGCUCCUUAGAGAUAAUCUCACCUUGUGGACUUCUGACAUUCCCGAAGAAGGAGAAGACUUCCAGAAGGCAGAUGGUGCUGCAAAAGCACUUGCUGGCGAUGAUGCAGAGUGAAGAGCCUGGGUACUUGAUCAUGAAUCUUAACUUUUGGGGUCGUGGUGUUUUUAGAUAAGAAGUAGAGAAGACGAAUUGGUUCUUUCUUUUCUUUUACUUUUCGUAACAUGGCGCUGUGCCUUGUGGGUUAUUAGAAGCAUUAAUGCGCACAUAAAUGUGAUACUCCUCCUAUUUGUGCCCCCAUGUUUCUCUUGGCUUACCCUGGAAGAUAAGGUUUGAGGAGUGGCUGAUGAUGCUAUGAAUCAGUUUCGACUUUCGACCAUUUGUUGUAUUUUCUUAAGAUUGAUAGUAGUUCUUUUUCUUCUCCCCUCCCCACAAACAAUAUUCUCUAUUCCCAUACUUGUUGGUAUGUGUAUCAGAUCUCUUAACUUCAUUAUGGCUGCUGUUAAGGUGAUCGAGUCUGAAUUUUUGAGGCCUUUCUGAUUUGCGUUUCAAGUAUUGUGUAUUGUUCGCAAAGUGAAUUAUUCUUUGAAAUCCAAUAGUCCUUUAUGGA